AUGGCUGUUGCUGGCUUACAUAAUGUGUCUGCGCUUGACUCUUCUUUCCUUAGGGAGCCUCAGUCUCCGGUAUCAAGGCAGUGGGGUAGUCAAGAUAGUCCGAGCACCCAGGCAUCCUCUCUCCUGCAGAUGUGGCGGGAGCUCGAGGGUGAGCCUGUGGUGCAUCAUUCACAUGUGAGGUUUGAAGAAAGGCCAAUGCGUCAAAGGAGUGAUGGGUCGAAUGUUGACCUUGUGAGCACAGAUUGGUCAGAAAGACAAGAGAGUGACAAUGGGGAGGGCGGCUUGGAGGAUGCCAAUGAUGUUGACAAUGAGAGCAGAAUAUGUUCGCAAGGGCAAAGGGGAUCCCAGAACGAAAAUGAAGACAAUUGCAGUUAUACCUCAGAGCAGUCUGUUGAUUUUGGUGAAGUGGAAAGGGAUAGGGUGAGGCAAAUUUUUCGGGAAUGGAGGAACAGUGGUAUAAGAGGCCAUCCGCAGAAUGCUUCUCGUUUGAACAACUGUUCAAGGGUACAGUGGCUUGGUGAAAAUGAAUGUGCGAGGGUUAGAAUUGUAAGAGAUUGGGUAGAAAGGACUAGCCAGCAGAGAGGCGUUUGUGGUGGCUGUAGAGAACAAGCUGCUGAAAUUGGUGUUCAAAUUGAUCAAGUUCCUGAUGGCUCGUUGGCUAAUCAUUUUGAACAUGGUGCUCGGAGGGCCAUCCGUAAAUUACACGGCAGACAAGCUCUUCUUGAUUUGUUAGCAAGGGCUGAGAGGGAAAGGAAAGGAGAACUACAGGGUUUACAAGAGAGUCGGCCUGUAUCAAGUUUUGCUCAUCGCAACCGCAUUCAGUCAUUACUCAAGGGUAGGUUUUUGCGAAAUGGAAGAUUGAUCCAGGAUGAAAAAACUAAAUCAGUGGCUGCAACUGAAUUGGGUUUACUGAGGGAGAGGCAGACUGUGUCUGGUUUGAGGUAUUUGGUUUUGCAUGCAUUAUACUUUUUGUUCCUUGUUUUCCUUCUUCAGUCAUUACUCAAGGGUAGGUUUUUGCGAAAUGGAAGAUUGGUCCAGGAUGAAAAAACUAAAUCAGUGGCUGCAACUGAAUUGGGUUUACUGAGGGAGAGGCAGACUGUGUCUGGUUUGAGGCACUGUUGCUUUAGAAGGAACGACACGGGGAAUUUGGAAGGAUUUCUCUCCAGAUUGGAUGAUUUUAUUCGUGGCCCAGAGACUAGUACCCAGUUUGAUCCCUCUUCAAAUGAUGAGAGAGGUAAUCACAGAAAUGAACAAUCUCAAGCAAACAAUAUUCAGCUCGUAGAUCAAUCUCUGCAUUCUAAUAACGAAAGCGAGAUCAAUGGAUUUCAUGUGAAUGAGUUAAUAAGUGACACGUGUGGAGACUUAAGUCGUCAAGAAUCCAGUAGUCAAGUGCAAGAAACACCAGAGCAAAAUGAAGGUAGACAUCAACAACAGUCAUUGGAUUUUGACACAGUCCGAGUAGAAGAUACAUGGGAAGAAGUUCUAGAAAGUGAGGUAACAGAGCAACACUGGUCUUCCGAUGUUGUGCGUGGUGGGUGGACAGAAGCUAGUGGGAGUGAUUUUGUUGAAAACUGGCAGGACAAUAUUGCUAAUGAAUCAUCACAAGAAACUUUGGUUGUUGAAGGCAAUGGACAAGAUCAGCUGCUAGAAGCCCAUGAAGCUUUUCGAGAACGGUAUGAGCCAGGUGGCAGGGAAAGUGAUGUCCAUAGGUUAUUUGGCAAUACUGAUGGUUUAGGAGGAGACUAUGUUGGGGAUUUUAAUUGGCAAGACACCUUUGCUCAGGUAGCACAGUGGCAGGAAUCAUCACUAGAAAAUGAAGAAAGUGACUGGCAACAGGUAGCCAGUGUUGAACUGAAUGAGCGAGCAGACAGUACUACAGAAGACAGAUAUGGAAAUUGGCAGCAAAGUUCUGCUGAUCAGUGGUACCAGGAAACACCUGGGAAUGAUGAUGGAGAGCACAGUCAAUUGCAAGUAUCGCAGGAAGUAUUGCAUGAAAAUAGUCUAGAGGAGGCUUUGCAAGAAUCUCAGGAAGCAUUGGAUGAAAAUAGUCAGGAUGGCACUCGGGUCGGAAGGUUUGAUGCAUUUUAUUACACUGAUGAUGAUAAUGCAAAUAAUACAGAACUUAGAGAACUUCUAAGAAGGAGGAGAGUUUCUAAUCUUCUUCGAAGUGGAUUCCGUGCAAAUCUAGACCAGCUAAUACAAUCUUACGUAGAAAGGCAAGCUCAGGCUUCCAUUGACUGGGAGCUGGACAGAUCACCAUCUCAUGUCUUGUUAGAGCAAGAUCAGCAUAAUGUAGAUCAGAAUGCAGUUCAGUCGGAUGCCAUUGAGACAACUCCAGUUGUUCUCCCUUCGCCACCAGUCACCCCUUCUCUGCCACUUCGGGACCAAGAGUGGCACUAUGCUACUUGGCCACACCACAACAUGAAUCAGGGCCCAGGGAUUGAGUGGGAGAUCAUAAACUAUUUGAGGAUAGACAUUGAUAGGCUGCAGCAAAGGAUGGAUAAUAUGCAGAGGAUUCUGGAGGCCUGCAUGGAUAUGCAGCUUGAGUUGCAGCGCUCAGUACGCCAAGAAGUUUCUGCAGCUCUGAAUCGAUCCACUGGCUCGACAGAUGCAUUUGAGGACAGUUCACUGAAUGAUGAAUCUAAGUGGGAUCACGUGAGGAAAGGAAUUUGCUGUAUAUGUUGUGAUGGCAAGAUAGAUUCUUUACUUUACAGGUGUGGGCACAUGUGCACAUGCUCAAAAUGUGCAGACAAAUUGGUCCAAGGCAGAGGGAAGUGUCCAAUGUGUAAGGCACCGAUAGUUGAGGCUGUCCGUGCUUAUUCUAUACAGUAG